GCCAUUGAUAGACGCACUGUCAAUGAGCAGCACCAGGUCGAUCUUCCCGAGGGACUUCGAGACGAGACCUUGUGUAUGUAUAAAAGUGCAAUAUUAAUCUUGGCCGGCAGUUCUACUUCAACAGUCAGUCGGUCGGGUGGCUGGCAUUGAUCAUUAUCAUCAUCAACGAGCUUCUAUCAAAAGUGUUCGGUGAACUAAUUGACUGUGACCUUAAAUCUAGGGAUUCGAACCCCGGUGUUGUGGAUGCUAACGAGGGAUACAUCUUCUAGAUCUGAAGUGUGAAUAAUUGGAUUGCAAGCAGUGAUUGUUGAAGAAAGCUGUUCACGAUGAAGCUUAUCCUUAUUUUGAUAAUCGCAACUGCGGUUUCCGCCACACCAACUCUUCUGUUAAAGAAAAAGUUGCAGUACCUACUUGAUGGUGACUCUGGACACAACAGUGGCGGCGGUGGCUUUGGGCUAAGCAUCGGGUUCGGUGCCGGUCACGGUGGAGGUGGCGGAGGCGGAGGUGGUGGAAAAUAUGGAGGAGGAGGAGGCUAUGGACCAGGCUAUGGUACUGCCCAAGUUGGACCUUCUCCUGGUGGUGGCCAUUACGGAGGUGGUGGACAUUAUGGAGGCGGAGGCGGUGGUGGAGGUCAUGGAGGUAGCUCUGCCACGGCUACUGCUACAGCUGUUGCAACAGCUCAUGCCGGUUCACAGACUGGAGGUGGCUAUUCCGGCGGCGGCGGCGGUUCAGGCUACAACGGAGGUGGCGGCUAUGGAGGUUAUGGCGGAGAUGGACAUGGAGGACAUGGCGGAGGUGGACAUGGGGGAGGUUACAAACCCGCUCCGGGCCCGGUGUACAUAGAGAAACCGGUAGCAGUGCAUGUAGAUCGUCCAUAUCCGGUUUACAUCGAAAAACCGGUAACUGUUAUUAAGGAAGUUCCGGUAGAGAAGCCAGUUAUCGUUACGGUUCCUUCAUCCGGUCAUCAUGGAGGUGGAUCUGGUGGUGCUGGGGCUUCCGGUGGUAGCUUUGCCUACGCUGGAGCGAGCAGUUUUGCCUCGAGUGGAUCUUCAGGGGGUCAUCAGUCUGGAUACGGUGGUGGUCAACAGGGUGGUUGGGGAGGACAACAAGGAGGAUAUGGAGGUUAUGAAGGACAGGGCCAUGGAGGUCAGGGUGGCCAUGGGCAGGGAUCAGGAUAUGGAACAGGUGGAGGAUACGGAUCUGGAGGCGGUGGUAGUUAUGGCGGUGGGUAUGGAGGAUCAGGGGGCCAUGGCAUAGGCCUUACGAAAACGAUUACGAUCAAUAAACACAAACAUGGGUGGUAAACCCUAAAACUCUUGUAUUAUAGUAGGUAUCCAUAACGUUUCGUGAUAACUAAUUGUAUAUACAUAAAAAAGUAGUCACAAGUAAACAUGAUCCUGGCUUCUCAGCUGAUAUCAAAUAAUUGAUUUCCUUCGCUUGUAUACUCAGAAUAUUCAUUAAGAGGGCACCUUUAGAUACGCACUGAAUCAUGUAAAAAUAGUUUUUUUCUGGGAUUAUUAUUUUAUUGGAUGAUUCAACCCUUCCCCAUCUAAAAAUUCAGAAAAUUCUAUCUAAACACGAAAUCUACAAACUUGUUUGUUUCUAAGACGUUUUCUUUUGAAAAAUAAGCUCGACAACAUUUUCGUAUCUAUAACGUUCAAUCUUUGCUUCCUAGACUAGUGUCCAGCCCGGUUUCCUUUCGAAUUACCAAAUCUGCAGGAGAAAAAUUGAAACGAGACAACUGGUAAAAAAUCUAAUCAUUCAAAUUAGUUUAAAAAAAAUAUUGCAAUAAAAAUUGAAAAACUAAAUAUGAAACAA